UAAAUAAUAAUGAACUGGAUGAAAAAGCACUAAACAAACAAAUAGUAGAAACUUUUAUCACUAUUAAAGAACAAAAUAAUCAGAUAUUAGCUUAUAUUAGAAAAGCUCCUCAAGCAAAAGGUGCUGUCAUUUUUUCUGUGCCGGAAAAUUUACCUGUUAAUCUACCAUUACAAACAGAUGAAAGUGUAGAUCUCUUGGAAACGUUUAUUACAGAUCAAGAUAAUUCACAUAAUUUGUGUUCAUUUCUGUCUAGUUUAGGAGGUCGGGAUAUUGCAAGCAAAACAAAUAAAAUUUUGAAACAGUUGUUCUCAGAUGAAUUGUGUCGAAACUAUAGUUUUUAUGAAAAAAGAUUAGGAAAGAAACCAUUUUCUUCCUUAUUGAUAAAAGAUAUUAUAAUAAACGCAGUUAAAUCUACGACAGAAGGUGCUAACAAUCAAGCCAUUGAAAAUUCAAUAAAAGUCUGGCUAAAACACGCUCCUCAACGUGUAAAGAAGAAGAACAAUAAUUAAUUGCACCAUGUCUCUAAUGUCAUACAGAAAGUGUUGCGUUGGAAAACGACAGUUAUAUCGAAGAAUUGCCAAUGAGAAGGUAAAAUUUUUUAAAGAAUUGAUUGUGUCCAAUUCUCAAGAGCAUAAUCAAGAAAAGAACGUAAAGCGUGAUAAAAUAGAAAAAUAUUAUAAUAAAAACGAAGAAAUAGUAUCUAAUGACACUUCUGACGAUGAUAUUGGCACUUUUGAUAUUGAGCGUACUGAAAAUCAGUCUUCCUUAAAUUUAAGUUGCGAGUUAGAUAAUGUAAUUGGUAAUAUAGAGGAUGAAAGCACAUCUGAUUCUAAUCUUUGUAAGUUGAUAAGACAUUGGGCUGUUAUUAAACAUAACAUAUCUCACUCCGCCUUAACAGACCUUUUACACAUUUUGCAUCAUUUUCAUCCUGAAUUGCCCUUAACUUCUAAAAGUUUGCUGGAAACUCCAGUAUCUAUAAAUACAAAGAAAUUAGAUACAGGAGAGUACUGUCAUAUUGGUUUAACACAGAAUUUACAAAAUAUUGCAAAGUUUCAUGUUGGAAAUACUAUAGAGCUAAGUUUUAACAUUGACGGUCUCCCUUUGUUUAAUAGCACAAAUAAACAUUUAUGGCCUAUUUUAGGUCUUGUAAAAAAUGUGCAAAAUAUGUCUCCAUUUGUUAUAGGAAUUUUUUAUGGUGAGUCUAAACCAUCUCCUUUACAUUUAUAUCUUGAAGAUUUCAUAACAGAACUUUCUUUAUUGUUAAAAAAUGGACUUCAAGUAAAUGAUAGAUUCUUUAAUAUAAAAAUUCAUAGUUUUGUAUGUGAUGCUCCGGCUAGGGCUUAUAUAAAACAAGUAAAAAAUCAUAAUGGAUAUUCUUGUUGCGAAAAAUGUGAAGAAAGUGGUAUAUAUUUUGAACGGCGUAUUAUUCUGAGAAAUACUAAUGCAAGAAGGAGAACAGAUGAGUCAUUUGUUUUGCAACGUGAUGAAGACCAUCAUGUUGGCAUUUCGCCCCUUCUUGAAUUAAAAAUUGGAAUGGUUACACAGUUCCUCCUUGAUUAUAUGCAUGGAGUGUGUUUAGGUGUUACAAAAAAAUUACUACAUACUUGGAUAAGUGGUAAAUCUAACGUUAAAUUAGGUCAUCGCUUAACUGAUUUAUUAUCUAAAAAGUUAGUGGCCCUUGGUUCAUUCAUGCCUUCUGAAUUUAAUCGAAAACCACGAAGCUUAACAGAUUUAUGUAGAUGGAAAGCAACUGAGUUUAGGAGUUUUUUACUUUACCUAGGACCUGUUGUUUUACGGGAUAUACUUGAUAUAUCAGUUUAUGAGCAUUUUCUCCUAUUUCAUUCAGCUAUAUCUAUUCUCACUUCGAAACACAAUAUUAAUAAUUUAGGCUUAUUAUUAGCGCAGGAAUUACUUGAAACUUUUAUUAAUUAUGCAGAAAAAAUAUAUGGUUUUGAGUUUUAUGUCUACAAUGUGCAUAUAUUGUGUCAUUUGACAAGUGAUGUACAAAUGUAUGGACCUUUAGAUAAUUAGUCCUGUUUUCCAUAUGAAAAUUAUUUAGGCUCAUUGAAAAAAUUAGUAAAAUCAUCUCGAAAACCACUUCAACAAGUAUGUCGUAGGUUACAUGAAAUAUUUUUAAGUAAUCCUUACCAAGAACCAAAUCACCCAAUUCUUAAGCAUUUUUUAGAACACAAUAAUGGCCCAUUAUUAAGUGUUAUAAAUAUUUUUAAACAAUUUAAGAAGAUUAGUAUUAGAGACUACGUUUUAUCCACCUAUUCACAUUGUUUUGCUGAUUCACAUUUUUUAAGUAAAAAUAAUAAAGUAGUACAGAUUAAUAACAUAAUAUUAACUACAAACGGUUCAACAAAAUUAAUUGGAAAACAAUACAUUUCAUCAGAAUCACUCUACUUGUAUCCGUUUGAUUCUAAAAAAUUAAACAUUUUUUGUGUUACAAAGUUAUCUGAACAAUUACAAGCAUGGGAUAUUGAUGAUAUAAAAGCGAAAUGUGUUCUUCUACUGCUUAAACAUGAUAAAAAUUGGGUGUGUUUUCCUCUUCUUCAUAUAUAACAUUAAGAAGCAAUGUUUAUGAUAAGAAAUAUUUAUUUUUA